AUGAACAGAAUAAUUAUUAACCAAUGUCGAUGCAUCAAAAAAUCGACAAUACUAUGGGAAAACAGACAAUAUCAAAACUUUCCAUACAUAACACUCUCAAGGUCAUUGUCAUAUUAUACAACACAGCCUAUCGGACCCCAUCAUGAUGUUUCACAAAAACCAUUCAAUACAAGGAUCUUAUACCAUCCUGGGUUCAUCAGGACUUUUACUACAAGCAGAUAUAAUUUUGACAAAGAACCAUUAAAGCCUUCCUCAAAAGUUGAAGCAACUGUUGAAACUAUAAAGAAAGGCUUUGAUGAACAAGAAAGACUUCCAAAAAAAGAGGAACAGAAAAAAAAGAGUUUAAAGGAGCGCAUUAUGAAUGAGUUACGACAUUAUUACCAUGGCUUCAGAUUACUCUUUAUAGAAGUAAGGAUCUCAUCAACACUAUUUUUCAAAAUCUUAAAAGGUUACACAUUGACUCGAAGGGAGCAUAGACUGCUGGUCACCACUAUUGGUGAUCUGUUUAGAAUGGUUCCAUUUAUUGUAUUUAUAGUAGUUCCAUUUUUGGAAUUUGCACUGCCUUUUUAUAUCAAACUGUUCCCAAAUGCAUUGCCAUCCACAUUUGAGAGUAUGGAUCAGAAAGAAGCCAAGUUAAAAAAACAUUUUAAAGUAAAAUUGGAAAUUGCAAAGUUCUUCCAAGAGACAUUAGAUCAGAUGGCUCCACAAGCCAGUAAUAGACAUUCAGAAUUGGCUAGAGAGUUCUCUAGUUUCUUCAGUAGGAUCAGAACAUCAGGAGAUGUUGCAACCAGUGAGGAGAUUAUGAAAUUCUCAAAAUUGUUUGAAGACGAGAUCACAUUAGAUUCAUUACAGAGGCCGCAUUUAGUUGCUUUGUGUAAAGUGUUGAAUGCAUCAACGAUUGGUACGAGUGCCAUGUUACGGUUUAAUCUUAAGAUGAAGCUGAGGUCAUUGGCCGCUGACGACAAAGUGAUUGCUAAGGAGGGUGUUGAGAGUCUAAACUUUAGUGAGCUGCAACAAGCUUGCAGGGCUAGGGGUAUGAGGGCUUAUGGUGUGUCAGAAGAGCGAUUGAGAAAGGAGUUGAGGAAUUGGCUGGACUUGUCAUUAAAUGAGAAGGUGCCACCAUCUUUGCUGUUGUUGUCAAGAGCCCUCAUGGUGCCAGAACAUGUACCCACGACCUACAAACUCAAGGCGACAAUAUCUGCUUUACCAGAACAAGUAGCAACUCAGACUAAGGCUGCUAUAGGAGAGAAGGAAGGCAAACUGGACUUCAAGGCUAAAGCGGAAGCUAUCAAAUUGGAAGAACAGAAGAUCAAGGAAGAAAUGAAGGAGUUGCAGGAGGCAGAGAGAGAGAAACAGAUCCUGGAAGCUAAAAAGAGAGAAAAAGAAGAACUCAAAGACAAAGCUCCCAUCAUUGACACUAAACUUCCUCCCGUCAUGGUAGACCCAGCACCUGUGAUUGUAAUUGAAACUAGCAAACCGAAGUCUGAAGAAGGACUUUCUGGCAAAGACAUCGAAGUUAUCGAAGACGCUUUAGAGAAAUUAGCUGAACAAAAGAAAUCCUUACUUCUUGAAAAGGAGAGUAUCCAGGAGCUGAAGGCUGAAUUACUAGACUACAAUGAGGACGUCAAAGAGAUGCAGGAAAUUGUGAAGACGAAGCAGGCAGAUCUUAAAUUAUCUAAGGGUGCUCUCAGAUUAUACAAGGCAGUCAAUAACAUGAUAAGCAAGUUGGAUGCGGCUUUAGCGAUGCUGGAAACCAAGGAGAAGGCUCUGAAGAACACACUAGAACAAACCAAGGCUGAACCACAGAAAGCGAAAGAACAACUGAUCCAAAUUGAUGAGCUGAUGCAUUCCAUUAAGAGCCUACAAAAAGUACCUGAUGAAGCGAAAUUGAAACUCAUACAGGAUGUGCUAGGAAGGUUGGACGAUGAUUUCGACGGGCAGUUGAAGAUUGAUGAUGUAUUGAAGAUGCUCGAAAUAAUAGGAAACGAAAACGUGAACCUAUCCGAGAAGCAGAUGGCUGAGCUGAUCGAGUUGCUGGACAAGGAGGAGAUCCUUGAAGUGGAGAGCAAGAUACAGAAGGCGCUCGACAAAGCAGCGUUAGCCGCCAAAGAACAGGACAAACCUAGCGUCUCCGAGGGGAAGAGUUUAUUCGACAUAAUCCGAGAAGCUCAAAAGAGGCGAGAAAUGAAGAAAGCCGCCGAACAAGAGGCUCUUGCCAAGAGCGAAAGUAUCGUCACCAAGCCUGAAGACAGCAGUAAACGGCCCGAGAGUCACUGA